CCCCGCCCGGGAGGUCGGAGGGCAGCGCGGGCGAGGCGGUGGCAGGGUUCUGUCACGUUCAUUCCCUGCCGCUUUUCCUGUCCCCGACCUCCUAGCCCCUCCUCCCUUAUCCCCAGUUGGGGUUUGGAGGCGAUUCCCCUCUAGUGACUGAGCCGAUUGCAUCUGGACGAGCGGCGCUUCGCCUGGCUCGCGUCUUUGUCUCCUCCUUCUGCUAGGCUCCCGGGCCCGGCGCAGGGUCUGCAGCGGCCGCCGCAGCAGCUGGAGCCAAACCGUGCCCUGCGCCGCCGCCCGGGGCCGCACCCGCGCUGGGUGGAGGCGCGGGAGGACGCCAGCCGGGCCACUCACCGCCCGCCCGCGUCCCGCGCUCCAGCUGCGGCGCACCAACGCCGCCGCGGCGGCCGGGAAAUCAUCCCGCCCCGCACGCCGGGUCGGGGGUGGGCAGCCGGGCUAGCAGCUGGGUGCGGAUAGCGGCCGAUGCAGCUCUGGCAGCGCGCACACCCCCAGGCAUAGGCACCCAACGCCUCCUCCCUGCGCCACGAGGAUGGAGCAACCACCCCGGCCUGGGACUGGCGCAAGUUGUAUUGCCUGAUUGAACUUGAUCAUGAGAAGCUUCAUAGAUGCAAGCAGGCCUUGAAGUAAGAAUACCUGACUUACAGAAGCACAUCAGUUAUGGAUUUUGGCCCCACUGCGGAGAUAUAGCCACUCCUGCUUCAGGAGCUUACCUGAGCCUUAGGGUCUAGGUCACACUCCUCCAGCCCCAAGCCGCCUGGACCCUGAGUAGAAAGGCCAUGUGAGGAUACAGCAGGACACGGCUAUCUGCAACCGGAGGACAGAGACUUCACCAAACAUUGACCAUGCUGGCUCCUUGAUCUUGGACUUCCAGUCUCCAGAACUGCAUUUCAAAUGAAACCUGGAGGAAAUUGCAGCAAGAUGAAAAAUCCUCCAGCUUGGAAAUUGGUUCUCAGCAAACAGUUUACAGAUGUACCCAAACAAGGACAGGAAUAAUGAAGAGACACAUGUGUUAGUUGCAGCCUUUUGAACCACGCAAGAAGGAAAUCAACAGUGUGGAAAUCAACGGUGUGGACAGGGCUGGAACUGCUGCUAUGCUUGGUUGUUGGAGUAAAUGAGGAAUGGGCUUGUGAUUAUGCUGACAUUCCAGCAUGAAUCUGGUAGACCUGUGGUUAACCCGUUCCCUCUCCAUGUGUCUCCUCCUACAAAGCUUUGUUCUGAUGAUACUGUGCUUUCAUUCUGCCAGUAUGUGUCCCAAGGGCUGUCUUUGUUCUUCCUCUGGGGGUUUAAAUGUCACCUGCAGCAAUGCAAAUCUCAAGGAAAUACCUAGAGAUCUUCCUCCUGAAACAGUCUUACUGUAUCUGGACUCGAAUCAGAUCACUUCUAUCCCCAAUGAGAUUUUUAAGGACCUCCAUCAACUACGAGUUCUCAACCUGUCCAAAAAUGGCAUUGAGUUUAUCGAUGAGCAUGCCUUCAAAGGAGUAGCUGAAACUUUGCAGACUCUGGACUUGUCCGACAACCGGAUUCAAAGCGUGCACAAAAAUGCCUUCAACAAUCUGAAGGCCAGGGCCAGAAUUGCCAACAACCCCUGGCACUGCGACUGUACUCUCCAGCAAGUUCUGAGAAGCAUGGCGUCCAAUCACGAGACAGCCCACAAUGUGAUCUGUAAGACUUCUGUGUUGGAUGAACAUGCCGGGAGACCAUUCCUCAAUGCUGCCAAUGAUGCUGACCUUUGUAACCUCCCUAAAAAAACUACCGAUUAUGCCAUGCUAGUCACCAUGUUUGGCUGGUUUACCAUGGUGAUCUCCUAUGUGGUGUAUUACGUGAGGCAGAAUCAGGAGGAUGCCCGGAGACACCUUGAAUACUUGAAAUCCCUGCCAAGCAGGCAAAAGAAAGCAGAUGAACCUGACGACAUUAGCACUGUGGUAUAGUGUCCGAAUUGAUUGGCGCUGAGAAAGAAAUUUGUUAGCAAUUGCCGUAGAUUAAGUGGUUUACUUCUCCCAUCCAUUGUAAACAUUUAAAACUUUGUAUCUCAGUUUCUUUUGAAUUAUGCCACUGUUGAACUUUUAACAGACAUGACAACAUAACAAAUAAUUUUAGUUUAGGUGAUCCACCCCUUAAUUGUACCCCCCGAUGGUAUAUUCCUGAGUAAGCUACUAUCUGAAUAUUAGUUAGCUCCAUCUCACUAUUUAAUAAUGAAAUUUAUUUUUUUAAUUUAAAACUAAAUAAAAGCUUAACUUUGAACCAUGGAAAA